AAGUUAUCACCGCACCAUAUCAACUAACAAACAAGAGUUACAUUGUUUUGCCGCUCCGCUAGACAAUCCAAGUCCAGGCUAUAAAAGGCCGUGAAAGAAGCAGGAUGGCAUUGUUCGUGUACUCAUUCCUAUCUGAUUCAUAGUCUACCACCUACAACAUCUUUAAAGCCUCUUUCAUAAAUCAGCUUCACAAUGGCUGCAACCUCCGCUCCCGAACCCAAAAGCCUCCUUGGGCGCCAUCGUCUUCUCUCUCCCACUGCUGCUGUGCGAGUGAGCCCUCUCUCUCUCGGAGGCAUGAGCCUAGGCGAGAAAUGGGCCGGCGGACUCGGUCUCGUCACCAAAGAAACCGCCUUCGAACUUCUGGACACCUUCUAUGAGCUGGGCGGAAACUUCAUCGACACCGCAAACGCAUACCAAGGCGGACAGUCAGAGGAGUGGAUCGGCGAAUGGAUGGAGCUACACGGUCGUCGCUCCGAGAUGGUCAUCGCAACCAAGUACACGCUCUCCCCAGUGACCGGCCAGCCCCUUCAGGAAAGCAACUACGGCGGCAACGGCACGAAAAGCAUGCACGUUUCCAUCAGCAACAGCCUCAAGAGCCUGCGCACUGACUAUGUCGACAUCUACUUCGUCCACGCAUGGGACUACUCCACCGACAUCCCCGAGCUGAUGCAGUCGCUCAAUCACCUCGUCGCCCAGGGCAAGGUCCUCUAUCUGGGUAUCAGUGACACGCCGGCCUGGGUCGUGUCCAAGGCCAACACGUACGCCUGUGCCCAUGGCCUGCGACCCUUCUCUGUCUACCAGGGCAGGUACUCGGCGGUGUGUCGGGAUCUGGAGCGGGAUGUGAUCCCCAUGUGUCGUGAUGAGGGUAUGGCGAUUCAUGCGUGGGGCGUGCUUGGUAAUGGCUACAUCCGGUCCCCCACUGCCGACGCCAACGAUCGCGUCCGCAACUCACCACACCUUCUCUCCGGGCACGAAGAAAAGGUCUCCGCUGUCCUGGACAACGUUGCGAAGCGCCACGGUGUGCCCCUCACAAGCGUGGCCCUCGCUUACGCCAUGCAAAAAGCGCCCUACAUCUUCCCUGUUGUUGGUGGUCGCAAGGUUGAGCACCUCAAGGCCAAUGUGGGGGCCCUCAGCCUGGAGCUCACCCCGGAGGAUGUGAAGGAGAUCGAGACCGGGUAUGACUUCGACUUGGGCUUCCCGCACAGCUUCCUCUGUCCGCGUGGACAUGCGACUGGAGGACCGCAGGAUGUCGGAUUCUCGGCGGGUAUGGGCCAUUUCGAUUAUGUUCAGCCGACCAAGGCGAUUAAGCCAUACAAGGGAUAGUAGAGAGGGUUGGGUAGAGAGGCAUGUUCAUAUAGG